GGGCGCCGGGCGCCGCCGCUGCGCACGCGGCUGCACGGGCUGCGGCCCAUGUGCUCGCGGCGGGCGGCGCUGCCGCGGCGGGCGCUCUGGGUGCUCGCCUUCUGCACGGCGCUCGGCUUGCUGCUCUCCUGGUCCUCCAACCGCCUGCUCCACUGGCUCGCCUUCCCCUCGCACACGCAGGUGCGCACCGAGUGGAGCCGGCAGCUGCCCUUCCCCGCCGUCACCCUCUGCAACAACAACCCGCUGCGCUUCCCCCGCCUCUCCAAGGGGGAUCUCUACUACGCGGGCCACUGGCUGGGGCUGCUGCUGCCCAACCGCACGGCGCGCCCGCUGCUCACCGAGCUGCUGCGCGGCGACGAGGCGCGGCUGCGCUGGUUCGCCAAGCUCGCCGACUUCCGCCUCUUCCUGCCGCCCCGCCACUACGAGGGCAUCAGCGCCGGCUUCAUGGACCGCCUGGGCCACCAGCUGGAGGACAUGCUGCUCUCCUGCAAGUACCGCGGCGAGCUCUGCGGGCCCCACAACUUCUCCGCGGUGUUUACAAAAUAUGGGAAAUGCUACAUGUUUAACUCAGGAGAAGAAGGACGGCCUCUUCUUACCACAGUUAAGGGUGGGACAGGCAAUGGACUGGAAAUUAUGCUAGACAUACAGCAAGAUGAAUAUUUACCAAUAUGGGGAGAAACAGAGGAGACGACAUUCGAGGCUGGAGUCAAAGUUCAGAUCCACAGCCAGUCUGAGCCACCGUUCGUCCAAGAGCUUGGCUUCGGAGUGGCCCCUGGUUUCCAGACCUUUGUCGCCACCCAAGAGCAAAGACUGACCUACCUGCCUCCGCCGUGGGGUGAAUGUCGCUCAUCGGAUAUGGGCUUAGACUUCUUUCCCGUUUACAGUAUCACGGCUUGCAGGAUCGACUGCGAGACCCGAUAUAUCGUGGAGAACUGCAACUGCAAAAUGGUUCACAUGCCAGGGGAUGCUCCUUUCUGUACUCCGGAGCAGUACAAGGAGUGUGCAGAGCCUGCGCUCGGUUUGCUUGCUGAAAAGGACAGCAAUUACUGUAUCUGCAGGACACCCUGUAACCUAACCAGGUACAACAAAGAGCUCUCCAUGGUCAAGAUCCCUAGCAAGACUUCAGCCAAGUACCUGGAGAAGAAGUUCAAUAAAUCAGAAAAAUAUAUCUCAGAGAAUAUUCUUGUGCUGGACAUAUUUUUUGAAGCACUCAACUAUGAGACGAUUGAGCAGAAGAAAGCCUAUGAAGUGGCAGCCUUACUUGGUGACAUCGGAGGCCAGAUGGGACUAUUUAUCGGUGCUAGUAUCCUCACUAUACUAGAGCUCUUCGAUUAUUUAUACGAGUUGAUCAAGGAGAAAUUGUUAGACCUACUAGGCAAAGAGGAAGAGGAGGGGAGCCAUGACGAGAACGUGAGCACGUGCGACCCCAUGCCAAAUCAUUCGGAAACCAUCAGCCACACUGUGAACGUGCCCCUGCAGGCCACCCUGGGAACGCUGGAGGAGAUCGCCUGCUGACACCGGCCACCAGCUCCACAGUGCCAACACCUAAGGAAGGGAAACUGCACAGGAAAGCAGGGACCGAGCUCAGGUUUGCAACAGGGGGAAAAUAAAUAAAUAACUAAAACACAAAAAAAGAAAAGAAGAAAACCGCUAUGCAUUUAAAAAUAAAUAUAUAUAUAUUUAUGUAUAUAGAUAUAUACAUAUUAUAUAUACUCUGCCAAAACCAGAGAGGCACCUUGGACUUGACUUGCGU